CCUCCCCUGCAUCCUCGCCUCUCUCCCUCUCCUCGCCUGCUGGGUGCUGAAGUUGGACGGAUGGCAGCAAACAGGCUCCGCUAGAGGACCCAGCACCUCAGCCUCGCGCCCCCGGACCCAUCGGAGAGCUGCCCACACCUCCAGGCUCCUGGUCGAAGGAAAAGGAGUUCGUGUGUGCACGGCUUGAGGUGGAUUCACAGCCACCGAGGGGCGAGGAGGAGGAACGCCCACCCAACCCUUAGCCGCUGCCGAGUGACACCUGAUCUCAGAAGCAUGGGCACUCAUCCUGAAUUUGUAGUCUGAAAGAUUCUGAAAACCACUUGAUUUACAGAACAAACAACAUAAGCCAGUCCGGUACUAAAGUAGCUGAAAUGCGAAAAAGGCAACAGUCGCAAAAUGAAGGAACACCUGCUGUGUCUCAAGCCCCUGGAAACCAGAGGCCCAACAACACGUGCUGCUUUUGUUGGUGCUGUUGCUGCAGCUGCUCCUGCCUCACUGUUAGGAACGAAGAAAGAGGGGAAACUGCAGAAAGACCCACACAUACCACAAAAAUGGAGAGUAUCCAGGUCCUAGAGGAAAGCCAAAACCCUACUUCAGAUGAAGUUUUGUCCUGGUCUCAAAAUUUUGACAAGAUGAUGAAGGCUCCAGCAGGAAGAAACCUUUUCAGAGAGUUCCUCCGAACAGAAUAUAGUGAAGAGAACCUACUUUUCUGGCUUGCCUGUGAAGACUUAAAGAAAGAGCAGAACAAAAAAGUAAUUGAAGAAAAGGCCAGAAUGAUAUAUGACGAUUACAUUUCUAUACUAUCACCAAAAGAGGUCAGUCUCGAUUCUCGAGUUAGAGAGGUGAUCAAUAGAAAUCUGUUGGAUCCUAAUCCCCACAUGUAUGAAGAUGCCCAACUGCAGAUUUAUACCUUAAUGCACAGAGAUUCUUUUCCAAGGUUUUUGAACUCUCAAAUUUAUAAGUCAUUUGUUGAAAGUACUGCCAUCUCUACUUCUGAAUCUUAAUUUUAAUUAAAAAAUAAAAAUCAUUUUGGAGGGCUGGGAUGGGAAAUAAGAGAAGUUACGUAACACCAGAAACUAGGUUCCCGGAGAACUACAGUUUAGCAUUCCUCAGGCUACUGUGAAAACACAACCAACCAUAUGGUCUUUGUCUCCAUUUUUAUCAAGGUUACCCAUGAUUAAGUUUGGAGAAGAUACCACAGAAAACAAUGGAUUGCCAAAUUAAGUUUGUUUUAUUCACCACUCAUUCUAUUUGCAAGCAAACUGUGUUUGUAGUCCUAUGAACAGUCUCCUAGUGUAUCUCCAGAGACUGCAUGUGCAAAGUAAAACUGCUUCAUUUGCCACGUAGUUGUUGUAAUAAUUAAUCCAAUGGCAUAACUUAUAUCUGUAUUUAAGGACUCUUGUGCAAUAUGGUCUUAUAGAAAUAAUUGCCAAAAAGUUGACUGUGGUUUGCGUUUUUAAUUAUAACCUAAGACAGAAAAAGCCAAUUUUUAAAUUGUAACAAUGGUAUUCAACAUGCUAUAUAUACUGUGUUUAGUAUACUAAUUUUGAAGCCAAUAUUUCUGUACAUGAAAAAAGAGCUACUUAUCUCUGUUUGCUGGAAAAUCCUAUGGGGGAUUCCUCUCGUUGUUCACUGCCAAACUGUGGCAUUUUCAUUACAGAAGUUUGUUGUGUAAAAAGUAGUAAGACGAAAAGAGAAAAAAUAAGCACAAAAUAAUCUGAAGAUAUUCUAUCUUAAUGACAAAUCAGAAAAUGAUAUUGUUUUUAAUUGUAAUAGAAGAAAAUGAAUUUGUGUAUAUAUCACAUGUCCAAACUGUAAGUAAUUUAUUAAAAGACUGGCUCUCCAGUUCUCAAACAGUUGUGUAAAGUAUGUACUUUAGUGAGAAAAAAAUAGUAAUAGGCUUGACAACUUAGUUUUGGAAUAUAAAGAAAGGAUUUAAUAAAGGAAUGCCUACAUGUAGCAUCAUAAAACAUUUUGAUGAAAAGCAUCUGUCCUGUGGCAUAUUUUCCUUGAAAGUGAAAGCCAAUGCAAAGCUAAGUUUUUAACCAAGAAAAGUUUUAUAACGGUUAUGAAGAACAUACUUCUCUACUUCAGACCUUAACUGUUUUCACGUAGUAUCUUAAGAACUACUUAUUUUUAAACUAUUCUCAUCCACAAUUGAAAGGCAGUGCAGUGCUCAAAUCUUCCAGCUGCCAUAUUAUUUUUUAUAAGUACCACUAAAUCUUUAAGACAAAAUACUUGCCUGGCAUUGGCAUGUUCUUUUGACAUUCAAGAAAACAGUAUCCUAUCGUGCAAACACACACAAAAGUCAGUGUCAUAUUUAUAUCAAAGUGUUACAUUUGAAUAUUAAUAUCCCCUGGAGGCUAUUUUUUUAAUCUUAAUCUUAAUAAAUAUAAUAUUGAAUAACCUAAAAUGGAAGUUUUAAAAAUAUUUAUAUCCACUGAGAAUACUGGCCUUAUAUUAAGGAUGAUAUUAAAAUUAUAGGUUUUCUUUCUCAUUUUUUAACUACCUCUCAUUUUUUAAUUU